GACUGUUCGAAAACAGGUCCGGUGUAAAUUUAUCUGAUCCGUUAAGGGUGUCACGUUCUCUUCUUUAAGGGUGUGAAUUUCUUGUGAAUUUCUGAAUAGAAGCGAAUUGGACGAGGUGUAGACGUGCUCGAAGGUAUUGCGUCGUGUUUAUAUUUUUCUACCAGCUACAGGUGCCUCGAAUAGCUCACAAGUAAAAGCUUAUCGUUAUUAAUUGAAGGAAGAAAAGAAGAGUGAAUUUCUGAGUUGUCAAACGAUUUGUUCUCUUCUCUGUUUAUGUGUGAAUCUCUUUCUGAGAAGUUAAAAUGAAUCCUCGAAGAAGGCGUGCCAAUGAUUUUACAGAUUCCUUAAGUAGUUUUCGUCAGACAUUAAGUGACCAGGAAUGGAGCCAAGCCAUGUCUCAAGUAUCCUCAGAGGAGAGAUCAUUAAAUUCUAUAAGAAAUAAACAAGAUGGUUACAAUAAACGUAGUUAUUCUAAAAAUAACACAUCUCGUACUUCCGUUAUUCUAUCAGGUAAUUUAGCUCAGCAAAGUGUUUUGUUAUCAAAUCCGUGCAAUAUUGCUGAGAAAAAUAAUACAGAAUGGUAUAACAGAUUUUUAUUGAAGGAUACAUUGAGUACAUCAGAUGAAACAUCAUAUUACUCAUUGAAACCUGAUUUAAAUAAAUGUAUAAAUUUAUUCCAUAAUGAACACAUGAUUAAAGAAUACAGUUUUGAAGAAAGAUCAGAUACACUGUCUGAUACUACUAGCAAUGACAUUAAUCCUUGUCAUUUAAGUAAAAAUAAGACUGUUAAUAAACCACAACAGGACCAUAAUAAUCUUUCGCGUUCUGUAUCGGCAGAUUCAUUAAUAAAUAUUGUCUUACAUAAUCCAGAACUUAGGAGAUCUAAAAGCUACACUACGCUUGACAGAGCUGUAAAUAGGGAUACAAAUUACAAUAUUAAAGCUAAUCAGUUUUCUUUUCCUGCCAAAACUGGAAUGAAAACAAGUUGCAAUAAGAAUAAUGAAAAAGUUGCAACUAUUGUGCCUUUGUUUGGUGCAUUAGCAUUGUCAAAGCCUUUAACUUUACCAACUAGGACAACCAACUUUAGCUCUUCAGAGGAACAGAGUUAUGCUGAUUCAGUAAACAACGAAGAAAGUUCAGAAGAGGAACUUAACCCUUCUGAGUUAAGAACAUUUCUAUAUUUACUGGCAGAUCAAGAACCACUGAAAGAGACAGCUGCACAACAAUUGAGGCGUAUGUCCGCGAAUUACUAUGAUUCACCCAAAGCCUUUACAGAAAGAUUAUUAACAAUAGCUGAAGAAUCAGUUGUAAAUAACGAUUCAUAUGCACAAUAUUCAAACAUCAGUUUAAGUAAAUUCAACGAGGAACUUCGAAAAACAUGUAAAUUUAUAGAAGAUGAGACUGCUCCUGCAUGGCCUCAGUCUCCUGGCAUGUCAAAAACAAUUGGCGCAAGAAGAAAAAGCCUUAAAUCUGAUCUCUCGCGGAAAUCUCUUGGCGCUUCUGCAUCUCCUGCUAAAAGUCUAUAUACCACGCCUGUUUCUCCCCGAUGUAAUAUUAAAAGUCCCCAAAAAAUACAUUGUAGACGCAGAUCGAAAAAUAUUACACCAAGAAAUUUGCUGCACGAUAGCACAUGCACAUUUGAAAACUUAGAAGCGUAUUGCAGAGAAUUAUUUCCUAAUGAGUACAAAACUCUCCCAGAAAGAGAGAAGAAUAAGUUGCAGUCUCCUGCACGAAAUAUGGAUAAUAUUCGGCGUAUAUGUGAAAGUCAAAUGGCUUCUCUGGAAGACUCGUUCGAUGUACGCGAGCAGAUGAAGGAAGCUGAAGCAUAUACUUCUGACUCAGAAGAUCAACGUGGUAAGACAUUUGAAGAGCAAAUUUUGCAAUAUGCAUUGUCCCCAUGUGAAAAGUACGAUAGAACAAAUUCAAGGAGAGCAUCUGAUAAACUUGAACAAAACUGUACAAAACCUGGUAAGUGUCAAGAAGCGAUUGAAUCUUUGGAGAUCCUUGAGAAUUCGCUUAUGCAUAAGAUUGCGAAGGAAAGACAGAAAUGCUUCGACACGGUAAAAACAUUGAUGGGAAUUGACGCGAAUUCAGCGUCGACAAAAGUGAAGAAACCAUGUCCAGAUAUCAACGUGUUCUCGCCGACUAGGAAUGGCGAUGAAUUCGUGGAAACUCUAAAGUGCGUAAAGAAGUAUCGAAAUUAUUUGGAGAAGCGGAAAUCUUUAUUGAGUUUAUUUCAUCGAGCAAGAUUGAGCAGCCCUCGUACUCCUCACGAUAAAAAAGAUGUUCGAGCUAAGAGAACGUCCAAUGAAAAUGCCAAUAUGGUGUCAACUUGUGCAUUGUCGACUUUAUUAGGGAAUAAGCCAACUAUACGAGUAUCGAGACUUUCACCGAAGAGGAAGAGUACGAGUCCUUCGUCGACGAAACGUGGUUCCACUGGUAAAACGUUACAUGUUCCAAAGUCACGACUAUUUGUGACUCCUGGAAAGAAAUCACCUGUUAACUCCGGUUGUAAGCCGAAGCGCACGUAUUUUCCCGAUAUGCUGCCAAGAACGAAUCCGGGUGCUAAGACAAUUUUUCGAGAAAUUGGUAAUUACGAACACGUAACAUCGCCUGUUGGACUAUAUAUAAAAGGCGUAAAUUCACCUUUGAUAAAAACACCAAGGUUUGAAACGGAAGGAAAGCUAUUGACAUCUAGAAAACAGAUUAUGCGGUCGCCUAGUCCAAAAAUAAAGUUUCGAAGAUCUUCGAAACUACCGAAAGAGCCGACUGGAACAGCAACAGGAGGCAAACGUGUUGCUAGUAACUUUUUACAGCCAAAUGUACAUUAUAAAUUCCUACAUAUGGAAGAAGAAAAUCAAAAAGUGGAUAAUCGUGAAUGAACUACUACAUAUUCUAUGCAAGACAAUGUUAUUCUAAGGUUGUAAAGUCAAGCCAGAUCGCUUGGAGUAAUUCGACAUUCCAAUUCCAUAGGAGAGUCCAUGCAUAUUGAGGAAGUAACUCGCAAAGACAUUUUCAUAUAUAAAAAAAUUAUAGCUGAUACUUAUACAGUUAGUGAUAAUUUGUUGGCUGGAGAUCGGUGAUGUAUAACAAAAAUGAAAAUUUAUAAUGCACGUUAAUUCGUAUUUUUAAGAAAAAUUAUAUUUUUUUUAUAUAUGAAUUAUAUAUAAGUUCUAUUAAAUGUGCAAUUUUUAAAAUUUACUGUUAUGUCAUAAUUACUUUGCAUUUUUGUAUCGUAAAAAUCAUAUUUUACUGCAUUAUUCUACAAGAUUAAAUAGUUUUUUUUUCUAAAUAGUUUGAUCACAAUUAUAACUAAGUGACAAUUUAAUUUCUCAUUUUCUGUGAUAUCGAAAAUACUAAGAAAAUUAGAACUGUUCUUUGAAUUCGGACUAGUUUCUUGAAAAAUAAUAGUAAAAUGGGUACACAUCACAAAGAGAAGUGACAUCGAUUUAAAAGUCUACACAUUGUGCUUAUCUAAUAGCAAAUGUGUCGACCUAGUUUUUAAGUUUUACCAUCCUAAUAUUAACAUUUAUAUUGAGCAUUAUUGCAGUUGGAAAAGAAGUUCAAGGUGUUGUUAAAUACAUCUCUAAACUGAAGUAAUCUAAAUGUAAAAUAGCAGCGAGGAAAAAAAUAUGAAGCGCUAUUCAACGAGAAUUACUCCGUACGAAUCUCGUCAAGAAUAUUUUUACGUAAAAGAGACGUAAAAUAUAUUGUGAACACGUAACGCGAACAUGAAAAAAUCUGGAUGAAAGAGACUCAAGUGCACGGUUAUCACCAACUGCGUGGUUUUCAGAAUCUGUCGUUUUGCGCGAAGUUCUCUCUUCCUCUCUCGUUAUCGAUACGUGCCGUGAGGCGCCGUACAAUAUUGCGUCGUUUCUUGCAAUUCUUUGUCAUUGGUUUCACAUUAACGUUACAGGGCCGUCGAUCUCGAGUCAAUAACACCUUCGAGAUCUGUGCCAAUAUCGUGGGCACUGAAUUUUUAAUUAGACAAUCAGGAAGGAGUACGAGGACAUUAUUGUUGGCGUAAUUUGAGCGUCCUCGAUAUGCCGGACUUAAAUUUUUUUAUCUUACGUAACAUUCCACUUCCUGAUAUAAUAGACACCGAUCAUGCACCGUGAAAAUGUAUACAAAUUUAUAAAUUAUCGUAAAUGAUUAAUUUGUAAAUGAUUAAGUUAGCGCAGAUAAGUUUAAUUAUUUUUUAUAGUAAAAAGUCCUUUUUUUUGAAGCAACAUUUAUAACUCUUCUUUUAUUUUUAUAGUUUAUUUCUAUUAUAAUAUCUAGUUUAUUCGUGGAUAAUAAUAUUCAUAAUUCUAUGUUAGAUUAAAUUCUUUAAGGACAAUGUGGUGUAAAAAAAAGAAUAUAUUCAAAGUCAGUAUAUUAUUAAUUUUGAUAACUGAUUUUGAUGACUAUUCAAUUAGUUUUUACUUUUAAAUCUACACAUGUAAAACUAUAAAUAUUAGAUUCGGUAUUCACAUUGUAUAAUACUAAUAUUUUAAAAUUGUAUGGCUACCAAUUUUUUACAAAGACAACAAAUGAAUUAGUUUAAAGUUAUAUUAAGAAGACACAAACGCGCGCAUUGAUUCGAAUUAGAUGUCUUUGUCAGGAAAGCAAUGGUGAGGGAACCGAACGAAGAUAACGCGAUACGUCGCUUCCUACGUCAUCCUAGGCGGACAACCUGUUAGAAAAACUCGUACUGGUGUCACACGGCCCUGAGGAGUUGCGCAUGGUACGCAUGUUGACGAUUGCACACGCCGCGCAGUUGCGCUUGUCAAGUCGCUCGGAACCAAGCCCGGCCCUGGUGGGGAACGAUCGAUAAAUUCGAAGCCGCGACGUUCUACCGGCGAGUAAGCAUUCCGCUGCAUUAUCAGAGAGUUCGAGAGCCUUGACUGCAAGAGACACAUCAAAGCCGAACAAGAUGCCGGGACCAGGAUGCGAUAAGUGCAAGGACAAAUGCCAGGAUGGUUGCAAGUGCGGUGACAACUGCUCGUGCUGCGAUUCCGGAUGCAAGGACCAAUGUGCCUGCAAAUCCGGUGGAAAGUGCUCGUGCAAGCCUUGCACUUGUUAAUUAAUAACCAUUCCAAGGACAAUCCAUGGUGGAGGUGAUAAUAGAUCCUUAAUGUGGCCGAGAAAAUUCAACAUGUAGGCAAACUUCGGAAUAUGUUAUUAUCAAUGUAAAAUUUUACGCUUAAUGAAGAUGUUAGAGAUGCGAAGCUUUCGCUUAAUUGUUAGAUGAACAUCUAAAUUAAUAAAUCUUAGUUUAAAUACGUUA